AGAGGUUGCCGAGUAAACUGUGGUCCAACCCACUUCAGUGUAUCGCGCGCACAGUCCUAGGUAGUUGUAUAACCUGGUCCAUCUCUGGUCGUUCAGGUCUUUUGUCGCCGCGUAUCUCUGAUAUCGAAGGAGGACUCUAACAGACCACCCUGGGUGCGAGAGAAAGAAUCCUUCAGCAUUCGGACUGAUUCCCUCUCUCUGUCUCUUUCUCAGAACGAAGAUUCGAGGUUUUAAAGCCUCGUCGUCCGGUUAUAUCGUCGUCCACUUGGCUUAAUCGCCUCUACUCCUAUUCCCGGUUUUGUCGUCGCUGUCAGCUGUGUUGUGUAGCUACACACCCAUCCAUCCCUCCACCUUCAUCACGAUCAUUCGAAAGGAAAAAGGAAAAAACAAAACAAAAGAACUGGUUGUCAAUUUCAGGGGGACCUACUUAAUUGCCUUGUCGCAUUUUCAGAGUGCAACUCCUUGUACCUUGCCUGUUUAAAAACCUUUGGCACCAUGUAUGGAGGGAUGAUGAAGGUAGCAAAGUGUCCGAAUGAGGACCUGUCGUUUACGAAUUGUGUCAUAGUAAACGAAAAUGACUUUCCCUUAAAAGUCAAGUAUGUACAAGUUACUGCAGAUCAUGGCAAAACAUAUAUAUACACCAUUCGGCAGGACCGAGGUGUCAAGCAAGGGACGAUGGGCUUCAAUGCAAUUCAAAGAAAGCAAGCAUUGCUUUCCUUGGACCAGGAGAUUAGAGUGGAACCAUAUGUACAUGACCCACAAACACAGUUGAUUGGAACCCUUGUAGUAGAAGCCGACUUUCUGCAGAAAAAAAGUACCACAAAUGAGCCAUAUGAUACAGACCAUAUGAGUCUUAGUUUCAAAGAACAGUUUGCAAGACAUGGAUUUACUGUUGGGCAGCCACUGGUCUUUAAAUUCCAGGAUAAGAAAACACUCUCUCUUACAUGCAAGGAAAUUGAAGCUGCAGACCCAGAGGCCGCCCUAGGAAAGAAGAAAGACGCACGGAAAAUAAAAUUCGGUGUCUUGCAACCAAACUCGUCCAUUAUAUUUGAAAAGAGUGAAGGAUCAUUUUUGAUACUGACAGGCAAGGCCAAGGUUCGAUCAGCGCACACUAGUCUCUUCUCUGCAGACUGGGACUUCCAGAAAAUGGGAAUUGGUGGUCUCGAUGACCAGUUUAUUCAGAUCUUGAGAAGAGCUUUUGCUUCUAGGGUCUUCCCUCCCGAAGUGACUGAGCAACUGGGUGUCAAACACGUCAAAGGAAUUUUGCUGUAUGGACCUCCAGGUACAGGAAAGACUCUUAUGGCACGACAGAUAGGAAAGAUGCUUAAUGCAAGAGAACCAAAGAUUGUUAACGGCCCAGAAAUUCUUGAUAAGUAUGUUGGUGAGUCAGAAGCUAAUGUAAGAAGGCUGUUUGCUGAAGCUGAAGAAGAAGAAAGACGCAUGGGACCUAAUUCAGGACUUCAUAUCAUCAUCUUUGAUGAAAUUGAUGCUAUUUGCAAACAGAGAGGCUCAGUUGCAGGCAACACAGGAGUUAAUGAUACUGUUGUUAACCAACUUUUGUCCAAGAUUGAUGGUGUUGAACAGUUGAAUAAUAUCUUAGUUAUUGGAAUGACCAACAGAAAAGAUAUGAUGGAUGACGCUCUUUUGAGACCUGGUAGGUUAGAAAUUCAAGUAGAAAUCGGACUCCCAGAUGAACAAGGCCGAUUUGAUAUUCUUCAGAUUAAAACUUCAAAAAUGAAGCAACACAACAAAUUAGACCGUGACGUUGAUCUUGCUGAAGUUGCUGCUUUGACCAAAAACUUCUCAGGGGCAGAAUUGGAAGGUCUUGUGAAAGCGGCAUCAUCAUCUGCCUUGAAACGUUACAUUCACUUAGGUAACAAGAUUGAAGUUGAUCCAGAUGCUAUUGACAAGCUGAAGAUUACCAGAAGUGACUUUAUCUAUUCACUAGAAAAUGAUGUGAAACCAUCUCUGGGCACAAGUGACGAGGUGUUGGCUAAGUUUAUCGAGAGAGGCAUCAUCAGCUGGGGAGGCACCCAUGAGCUUGUUGAAAAGGGCCUCAUGUUUGUGAAGCAAGCCAAGUCUCCCGAGACAAGUGACCGUCUAUGCCUUCUGUUGGAAGGUGCACCAACUGCAGGAACAACAGCCUUGGCAGCAUAUUUGGCCAAAAACUCUGAGUUCCCCUUCAUCAAAGUUAUCAAUUCCCGAGAUAUGGUAGGCUUUAUGGAAUCCUCAAAGUGUAUGCGCAUUAACAAAGUAUUUGACGAUGCCUAUCGCUCUGAGUUGAGUUGCAUUUUUAUGAAUGAUUUGGAACACUUGAUGGGUUAUUCACCCAUUGGUCCACGAUACCAAAGUCUUGUGUUGGAUGCAAUGUACUCUUUGUUGUCUGCCUCACCACCCAAGGGACGCAAACUGUUGGUUAUUUGCACCUCAAAACGUCGAUCUGUUUUAGAAGAACUUGGACUUUUGUCUGUCUUUACUGCUGUUAUAAGAGUUCCUUACAUUGCUCAUCAAGAAGACAUCAAGUUGGUAUUAGAAGAAUCUCAAGCUCUUUCAACAGAGGAGGUUGAUUCCAUCAUGAGUCACAUCAGCGACGGGAAGGUUUUUGUUGGAGUGAAGAAAUUGCUUGGUCUCCUCGAUUCCAUGAGAGUUAUGAAGGGAGUUGAGUCUCGUAAAAGAGUGGCCGCAUUCGUGAACUUGCUGGAGGAUGAAGGCAUCUAUACCCCCGAGUUGUAACUAAGUUGUUGUUACAGAAAGUGUUUCCUUAAAGUUAUGAAUUACUGAUAUGCUAGCUCUUAAUGUAAAUCAGUUAGAAACUGAGGUAAAAAUAGAAUUGUGUGUCUCUAGAAAAAAAUCAAGUUGAGUUCGUAAACUAAAUUACAGUAUGUAUAUCACACAUGCAACUGUUCAAAAUCGUUACAUUAUCAGUCUUUCAAUUUUUUGAGUAAUUGUAUGAAUUUUUUGAGUAAUUAUAAGAGUAUUUAUUUUGGGGAAAUUGACAAACUCAUCAGAUUAAUGACAAUUCUGAAACUAAGUGGCUUCCUGAGUAUCAUAUUACUGUAUUUGCCUAUUUGGAAUUGACUCAUUACACACAAAGAAACAUAGGUCCUGUGGGACUAACAUACUUAUUUGAUUUAUGUGGUUAGUAAUGCUACAAUGUUAUUGUAGUUUUUAGAAACAAGUUGUUGAUGAUAAAAGAAAACCGGAAACAUAACUUUCUGUAGCUGAAGCCUGCAUGUGAGAUUUGAGAGUUUAAAAAAUGCAAAUAAAAAAUGUUUAGUUGAUGCAGACUGCUGCCUUACUAGAGCCUAUCUUCAUCAUGAAGAAGCAAUUAAGAAAUUACCAAGAAGAUUGUGUUCUUCAGGGGGUUAUGAGAAAUGCCUGAAAGUUAGGUCACCUCAAAUCUCUCACCCUUUUAUUUUGUGUGAAGCAUUAGUCUCGAGUUGAUCUGUAUAUGCCCCAGUCAUUAGGGAGGAAAGUAAGACUUCAGUGUAAGACAAUGGUUUGAAUCUAGAAAAUACAAAAUUUGUUUCCAAAAAAAUGUUUAAAUAUUUACAGGAAGGAGUAAAUAGAAAUAUAUACUGAGUCAAGUAUAUAUUUUGGGAGGAGGCAGUUCGAAUAGAUUGCAGCUCUCCAAUAAAGUGAUGCUAUUAAGUGAGAAAAUGAUAUACAGUCUUACCUGAAUCAGGAAAAUUGACAAUUUGUUAAAAGAAAAUGUUGUAUAGCUUGAUUGUUACCUUUCUGCAAUAGGCAUUUCUAGCUUGGCAUAGGCUGGUUUAGAAGCUGGCAGAUUAGUUGAAGGUGGACAGAAAAAUUUUAAGGGUAGGAAUUGAAAGUAAAGUUACUAUAUUCCAUAGGAAGGCCAAAGAGUGCAUUAAGUUUUAGUCCUGAAGGAGAUGAACUAAUCCUUUCACAGUAUGUUUGACUUCAUUAAUGGGUUGAAGUUGUUUAGUAAUUAUGACUUAGUCAGACCCCAAGCUUAAUGUUCUCGUAUGAAGGUGAAAGCUGCUAAAUUUGUGGAGAUUGGUCAGCAAUAAGAUGAAGGGUUAAUAAAUAAGCAUUGUUAGAGGUAUUCUCACAAUCUAGGUGGCAAUAUCGCUGUUUAGAGCCCUAACAGAACACAGGAUAAACUUCUUUCUGUCAGUCCCCUGUAAGUCUGAAAGGGAAGGGAUAGUGAAUCGUUUGGAGUGAUAUCUGUGGAGACCAGGCACCUGGGUUUUAACAGGCAAUGUUAACGAUUACUACUUGACUACCAAGUUCUAGUCCAAGGGCUGUGUUAGUGGGUGUAAAGGCUAAGUCUAAAAGAAGUGCAGUUGGACAGCCAGUGUGGGAUAGAAUCAGAAAAAGGUAGAAUCUAGUAAGUACGCACUCGUGUAUGCAUACCAUGUAAGAGAUUUAUGAAGAACUAUGCUCUUUACAGAAGAAAUGCAGAGAGAGGAGAUAGUGACUUUCUGCCACGCAAGUUACAGACCUCUAUCCUGUUGGCGUGGCAAAAUUUGAGGGUGGGCCCUUGUUGUACUUGGAGCAACAUCGGGUAGUGUUGUCUUUUACCCCUGUUUUAGAAGGUAGAAGGAAAACACUAAAGCAUAAGAGUGCACAACUUGUUGGAAUACGUUAACAUCAGGUCUAAGAUGAGUCACGAAUCAGUCAUGUUGAACCACUAUCGAGGAAAGAUGUGGACCCCCGAGACCAUCCUAAGAUUGCAACAUAGCAUCCACCUUCAAAGCUGCUGGUUGCAAAAAAGAAAAGCAAUGAUUAGGCAUAGCAACGAGAUGGGAGGCUCCAGUUGCAUAAAAUAGACCUCAUUUGGCAUUCAACAAAGAUAAGAACUUUUGGUGGCUGGAAUGAAGUUAGGAGUUGGCUGAAUUUUACACGAACUUUGCUCUGUGCAAAAUGCAGUUACCAUGCAAGGAGUCAGGGUUUCAGUGCCGCCUCAGUUCCCUAGGUAUGCUACAAGUGUUGAACUGUAAGGCAUCAUGAUAUUUGUAAUAACUAAAGCCUUCCUGGGAAAUGUGUACAGUGACUGAUAUGCAAAUGUUGCUUGCUUGCGUGUGGUCCUAGUUAUUAGACAUCAUGCUGAGAGGCAGGCUCAUUAGAGCCUGUCAGUGAGGGCUAGAGCGUGAUUUUAAAAUGAGGUCUUCUUUAGAAAGUUGCUGUUCUAUUGUUAUGCAUAAUGAGGAGAAAAGAGUUUUGUUUGGCAGAAGUUUAAGAUGGGCCUAUUUUAUCCACUGAAGAACAGGAUGAUCUUCUUGGUAGAUUCUUAGUUGGUUGUCCCUGUGUAAUAUAGUGACAGGUCCUAGUUAAGCAUUGAUUUGUUCUUCCUAUGAAUAGUACAUGGAAAUAUUUAACAUUCCACACUAAUAUAUCUUGUUGGAUUUUUCACUUUCCGCCACGUAGUUUAGCACUGUAAUUUCAUUUGAUCAGGUUUUUGUUUCAGUAUUAUACAUUUAGAUAAUAUGUAGUGUUUGCUGGAAACUACUUUUACCAUUGCCAGUUAUCUCUCAUAUCAGAACACUGUAGAAUUUAACCAGUGAAAUAUAUAACGUACAUUAUUUUAGCGGUGAAUAACAAGUAGUUGUGUGGAAGAUAUACUACAAAGGAUUUUAGACCAUAUACACCUCAUCCUUAAAAAGAAUGAAUGGAAUAUGAAGUGGCUUCAUCUGAACAUUAAAUCAAUGGAAUGUAAUAAGAAUUCAGAUGUUCUGUAGAGACUUUCGUUACAAAAAUUUCAAUGGCUUCUCUUUUGAAUAUAAUGAACUCGUGUAAGAAUCACUAGAUUAGAUGAAAAUAAAUACAUUGAAAUGUAAAUUCCAUUCAAGUGGCACUGCUCGUGUGAUUAUUUUGUUUCUCUGUACCUAAGUAACUUUUGCAACAUUGCUUUCUCAUUUACUUUUAAGAAAAUGAAUGUUUAAAGCCUGCAGUCCACCUUUGGGAACAUUCAACAAGACUUCUGUCAUUGGGGAACUUGUAUUUGAAGGCUUUGCAAGAAGCUUGCUUUUGUUAAUUUGAUAAUUUAGUAAUUUUAUUGACUUAACUUAUUGUGAUGGCAACAUUUCAUCACAGUUUAUGUUAGCCGAGUAAAUCACAAGAGAAUCAAUUGGUCAGCUCAUUGAACUGCAGGUCAUUCAAAUGAUAAUAUCCCGUCUUUCCUGGCUUUUUUUUAAGCACCAUUUAACGAUAAAGUAGGUGAGUUAUGAGUAAGAAAAGAUCUUUAGGCACAGUUUAUAUUUCAGGCACUUACAAUGGUAUUGGGUACCUUUUUUUUGAUGAAAGAAUGACAUAUUUUUAUAGUGGAGCCACAUUUCUGACCCAUACCAUAAUCAUAAUUAUGCGAAGCAGUAAUAGUAUGUCUUCUAUAUUUUGAGAAUGAGAUGAGAAAUAUUUGUAAAACUAUUCUUUUGUAAAAAUUUGACUUUAUUUGAAGAAAACAACUUUAUGAGAAUGAGUAAUUACUCAGUUUAUUCUUCUGUAUCAUAUGCAAUUAAGUUACGUGCAAAGUAAGGACUAAACAUUGUGUAAUAGUAAAGUGAUAGGAAAUUGACUCGCUAGAUCUCUCCAAAUUGCUGUUUGUUUACUCAUCCUCAGUCUUUCCAGUGAUGACUAGAAGUGUCUCUGGAAUUACAGUACCACUUAUUUCCAGUCGGUAACUCUUGCAUAUCCAUUGCACCGAAAUCCAAAGGACCAUAUUCCCCUUUGGCUAUGUAUAUUUAUGUAUAGUUGAUUUUUAUCGAAUUUAUUGUUACAUAGAAGGUAUACAUAUAUAGUUAUGAGUAGUAUUUAUUGAAAGUGUGUAAUAAAGGUAGGCAGAAAUUUAGUUGAAAAAAAAGAUUUAUUUUUGAGUGUUAGUUAGCAUUGCCAACUUGAUCAGAUUUAGCAUUCCCAUUCAUGAAAAUCGUAAAUCCUUUCUGCGAAUGGUAUGCUCCUUUAUAGCACGGUUGGUGGCUACUUGUUGAACCAUCUUCUAUUCUUAACUUGUGAAUGGUAUUGUUCUGCUAUAAUCCCAAAGCUGUCUACUUUGUUCAGGGUAUCAGUUUACGUUCAGUGAGUACGUUACAUAUUUUUCUAUAGGGGUCCAUGUGUGGUUGUUGUGGUCAUGGUGUAUUUUCAUUGCCAAAUCCUGUUGUUAAUUAUUUUGUUUGCUCUUGAAAAUAUUUUGGGAAAUUUGUAUUUUGAAGUCUUGCCUUUGAAAGAUGGAUAUUAUGGAAGAGUAACUGAAAUGUUGGGAAAUCCAGAAAAAAUUCUAAAUAGUACUGUUUUGCCACAGUGAAAAGUACGUAUGUCCUUGUCUCCCUUAAAAUGCUGAUAAAAAUUAAGUGUACUUUUUUUAGUGUCUUAAUCAAAAAAGUGAAAAUACACCUGUUUUUCUUUUCUGUCCAGUCCUGUACAGUAUGACCUUAAAAGAUAUUAAAAGUGGAACAUAAAAA